AUGACAGGCCUCUUUGUGUUUAUGAUUAUCUAUAUAAAAUCGGUUUAAUUUAAAAAGUUGGAAGCAGAUUUGUAGAGAAUUUCAAACUUAGAGGGUGGUUAGUGAACAAAUAUAAAAAGUAUUUAAAAAUGAAAUUGCUUUUGGUUAUAGUAUUGGCUAUAUUGUCGGCUAAUGUUAAGGCCAGCAUUAUACCAGCAAAUCCCAUAACUACUACCUAUGCUUUGCCUCAUACUCCGGUAGCUACUUCCUAUCAAGUUGUGGCACGCAAUGUUAAUCGUGUACUGGUGCCGCAUGUACCUUCAGUAGCUUAUCCCGGUUAUGCCUCCUCGUGGGGCAGUUAUCCCUAUAACUAUCGUUAUGGUUUUGGCUAUGGUUAUCCUUAUGGUCAUGUUCACAACUAUGGCUAUGGUAUUGGUUAUCCUUAUGGUUAUGGAGCCAGUGUUUGGUAAUUCUUUAAUUAUUUUAAUAGAUUAACUUUAAGACUGUGUAAAACCAAAAAAAAAAAAAAGAAAGAACAAAAUAAAAACACCCACCAUCCCUUGUAAUCAUCAUAAUAUUUAGCACAAUAUGUUAAAUAUUCUUUAAUAAAAACAAAUAAAUAAAAAAACAAUCUAAAAGGUCACUCAA